UUUCGCUUGGCAACAGAUGGUCAGUACCUACAGGUCCAUAAAACUAGUUAAGACCAUCACAUAAUGGGGAACACCAGAGCAGGUGUUUAUGAAGACCGCAAUUUGGCUGGAGGAAUUCUUCUGUCCACCUCUCUGCUGGGCAUGGUUACCUAUAUCUGCGUUUUCUUUUAUCAGCGCAGGCUCAUUAAGCACAUCCGCUGUCCUCUUACCUAUAUGAUCUGCGUGGAUAUUGUAAAUUUUUUCAUGGGAAUAAGUGUAGGAAGUGGAUAUGUUGAGUCUAUCUCCGACUGUGGAAUCUCUUGCAGUUCUUCAUGGCUUUCAGUCGCAUGGGUGUUGACCAGAUUAUAUGGAGUGAUUUUACAUCUCCUGACCUCUGCUUGGUGCCUGCAUUGCUUUAUUCAUCCAAAAAGCAAAUCCAAACAGUGCUAUUUUUUAACAGUAAUUUCCAUUUUGAUUUGUGUUUUGUCCCCUGUUUAUGCAUUUGUAAAACAGGUGGCCAUCUACGUUUUGGGAGUUAUCACCAUUGGGUUGGCUUUGGGUGUCAUUAUGAACUUUAGAUUGUCAGCUGCAUCUCCUGCACCUGCCAAAGAGAAGAAACUGAUCACGGCACUCGCCAUGUAUAUUUUCUUGGUUGUCUUCCUCCCCAGUUUUAUUCUUGAGUGCCUAUUCAACAUCAUCGGCACCUCUGACAGUGAAAUGAUUUAUAAGAAUGUUCUAUUCUUCACAAACCUUCAGCUAAUUUUCAAUGGCCUCCUGUGUUUCUUAAUCAUGAAGUUGUCUGCUGGUGUAGAAGAAGAAGAGGAAGAAGAAGAAGAAGAGCAGCAACAACCACAACAACUGUUGCAACUACAACAGAAACAACAGUGGCAACAGCCACUACAUGAUCAGUCGCAACAACCACAAAGUCAAUGGCCUCGGUGGCAACAACCUCAAAAACAUCAGUGGCAACAACCACAACAUCAGCAGGAGCAACCGGAACAACGUCAAUUGCAACAACCGCAACAACAGGGCUGGAGACGUGAUGCUUCUAUAUUUACUAUACAUAAUGGACAAAACUCACAUUAAAUUUCUGCACCAGACUUAUGUGAGUUUGUAGAUGGAUAUGUUGGACAAACGCAUCAACAUUGUCUUUGUCUGUGGACAUCACUUUCUAUUUUAAACUUAUUUUGCUUCAUUUGUUAAAGAGGGAUGGCAGCUUCACUAGAAGUUAAUCUCCAGCAGUAUUUAGAAGAUUGCAUUUCUUCUCAUAUUCAUAUUGCAGUGAAUGUAAUGAAGAUAAAAUCCAAGUUGAAGAUCAGCAUUGUACUCUCACUGUUAAUGCUUGAUUUUAAAUCCAAUGUAUAUCAAAGAAAAGCAAGUAAUUUAUUUUUAUAGAGGAAAACAUUAUACUUUACACACUUUGCAUUCUAAAACUUCCAUUCAAUAAAAAAAAUGUAAACACAUUUGUCUUUUUAAUAAACAUUGGCUAUAUUUGAUGCUCAUAUUUUAUCUGAACUUAACAGAGAAAAGAACAAAGAAGUAUAAAAAAUUAUAUAUUUUUUUCAUUUUAACUGCAUUAAACAAAAGGCACAGCCCUCGUCAAACAGUCUAUUCCCACACAAAAAAAAUGUUUUUUUUAGUGAUAUCUGUCGAAUAAAAGCACGGUCACCACCCUAUCAAUCUACACAAAUCACUUACUUUACUCUGACACAGUUUUCAACUAGUCAGUGGAUAUUUUUUAAGAAACUGUUUCUCUUACUUCCCCCCUGGAAAGAGAUAAAAGGCCAAGAUCAGCCAGAUUGAAUGCUGAGCUUGUCAAAAAUCAAAACCUCAACUCAGGUAAUGCAUUUGAGAAACAUAUCUGACUGUAAAAUUCCCAUGCAUAGGUCACUUUGGGUAAAAUUAUCAUGUUAAACAUGGCUCUAGGUUAGAGACUUAGAGGAUGUGUAGGUGUGCAGAGGUAUGUCUAUGAUGACACCUCAGUGUAAGAACAAUAACUUCCUUUAUGACUUUCCAUGAGCAGUGAAGAGUUGUAAACGUCAUGGUCCUUGGUCGUUGACCCAGCAUUUUGUGUUUGGACUUUGAAACGCAUGUUUUUUUAACAUUCUGAGAUCAGCGUCAUUAGUUCCAGUUUUAUUCAUGGUUUGAGUUUUUAUUGUCUUCAUAUUUUUUAGUUAUGUGGUUUUUCAUAGUUGUAAUGUCUUAGUAUUUAGCCCUUUGUUCAUCAUCGGCACCUUGUGUUCCCCGUGCCUUCUUGUCAAGUUUUCUUUUAAUUUUUUUUUUAUCUCUGCUUGUAAAACCACUUAGUUACUUCCUGUUUUAUUUUAUCCUGUCUUUCAUCUUGUGUGUGCUGUGCUUAGUUUUGAUUCUAUUGUCUUGUCUAGCAUGAUUAGUUUCAGCUGUGUUUCCCCAUGUUUCCCUCCUUCGUUAUUUCAGUAUAUUUAGAGCUAUAGUUUUUCCUAGUUGCUUGUUGCAAUGCCUGUUUACCUUCCUCUGUUUGUUUAGCUGGUCUACCUUAAGUUUAGAUUAAUUUCACUUUGUUUUCUGUUGUUGAAAGUACCCUAUAACAAUCACAGCUGUCUGUCGUGUCUUUACUUUCAUUUGUGUAAAAAUAAUUAAAUAAAAAUUUGUACACACUGAUGACAGCGAUACUGAACA